AUGCACGACUUACAGCCACUUGCCAACAUGAACUCUGUGAAUACUGCGAACACGAAAAAGAAACCAAGUUUCAAGGACUUUGUUGGCGACAAUCAAGACAAGUUGGUCGAUUGGUCCGUCGACAUUGCCACCAACACUGCUACUGCCCUUCAUGGGAUAUGGUUUGAGCGCUAUAAACAAGCUUUACAGUAUACCAAGCCCAAGCAUGCCAAGCCAAGAAGGCCCAACUACAAUAACAUAGUCUGGAACACCAUCAUGAGCAAAGUGACCACACGACGUCGAUUACGUUGGGACUAUGUUGAAGGAGGUCUUUCUUAUGUGAUGUCAGCAGUAUGGCUAUACAAGUAG